CCCCAGGCCGUCGAGGGGCUGACACGGGCCGGGCAGCGGGCGCUGGCUCUGGGCGCGGGGCGGGAGGCACUGGGCUGCUUCAGGAAGGCCCUGCUCCUCUCCAGGGACACGGCCAGCCCCCAGCUCCACAGGGCUUGUGCCUUCAACCUGGGGGCUGCCUACGUGGAGGCUGGCAAGCCCAAAAAGGGCCUUGAGUUCCUCCUCCAGUCCCAGCCCGCAGAGGUGGAGAGUGGGGACCACUUGGGGAGCCUUUAUUUCAGCAUCGGGGCGGCUCACGAAGGGCUCCAGGAUUUUCCAAAGGCUCUGGAGCGUUCUGGGCACGCUGAUGGGCGAGCAGGGACCUGUGUGCAGAUGGGCUGCUGCUACCUGGGCAUGCAGGAGCCGGCCCGGGCUGCGCGCUGCUUCCUGGAGGCGGCGCAGACCUUCGCGGCGGCCGAGAGCCCCGGGGCCGCGGCCGUGGCGCUGAGCCGGGCGAGCGGCUCCAUGCUGCAGAGCCGGCGCUUCGGGGCCACCGACAUCGCCAGGGUGCUGGCCCGGUGCCGCUCGCUCUGCGACAGCAUCCCCGACCCGGUUCCCGUCACUGCAUUUCCUCUCUGCAGGAAGCUCUACGGCGACAUCGGCCUGGGCUACUCGCAGCUCCACAUCUUCUCGCUGGCUGCCGAGAGCUUCGAGCGGGCGCUCGGGCUGUGCGGCGGGGAGCAGCGCCGGGACCGGCGCCGGGAGGCUGCGCUGCUGCAGAAUUUGGGCGCUGCCCACAACGGGCGGCGCAGCUUUGGCACGGCGCUGGGCUGGCACCGGCGGGCGGCCGCGCUGCACGGUGCUCUGGGGAACCGGCGAGCUCAGGGGCAGUGCUUUGGGAACCUGGCCUACGCCUACAGCCAGCUGGGGAACCACGGGGCCGCCGCCGAGAGCUACCUGCACGCCCUGCAAGCCUUCCGGGACUCGGGGGACUUGCAGGGCCAGUGGCAGGCGUGCGAGGGGCUGGGUGCAGCGUGCUUCCACCUGGGGGACCCCCAGAAAGCCAUCGGGCACUAUCAGGAGGCGCUGAUUCUGCUUUCCCGCUGUCAGGACAGCCCCAGGGCUGCCCACAAACGGGUCGUGCUCAAGCUCACAGACGCCAUCCAGCACCGACUCCACCUCAGGCACCUCUCCUACCGGGGGGGCUGGGCACCCUCCCCAGCCCUGGAGCCCAGGCAGCUGCGGUUUUGCUCCACGUUGCCCCGUGCCAGGACACAGCUCCAGGGGAGUGAGCUGGGGAAAGCCCAGGCUGAGGACGAGCUGUAUAUAUGUACACCAGGAGCUCAGGCUGGGUGUUCAGGCUUCCUGGCUGGUGGUCUCACACUGGAGCCCUGCAACCCACAUGGCCUCCUGGGCACCUCUGGGGAGGAUGAGGAUGGUCCCAGCUCAGCUCCAGGGUAUCACAGUGAGCCCCAGGCUGACAGUAAGAAAACCACCCUGCACGUGGCCAAGCCACCCCAUGCCAGCCUCCAGCUACCUGAGAACCACACACAGCCAGAGCAUCGCUCCUCCAGCAGCGAGCCCAGGCCCGAGGGGCUCAUGCUGCAUUCCACAGGGCACCAAAACCACCAAACCCUCCCUGCCAGGCCUCCACAGAGCGGUGACAAUGACCCCAGUGCCACUGCUGCCGGCUGCUGGUCCCGCCGGGGACCUCGCGCGGGGACCAGGACUCUGUCCCUCGUCUGCAGCCUCGUGUGACCAGCAGGACAGCGGGGGAACGCCGCCGGACCGGGGGGAGGAGGGGGCGUUGAGCCAACACCGUUCUGAGAGGAAUUUGUCUUUACAAACAAGCUGUGGAUCUGCUGGUAGAUAAAACCAGCACUAAGAGAUAAAAUAAACAACGGGAUG